AUGCACGUCUGUUUUAAAACGCCAAAGGCGUUCAAUGUCAUCGAGCAUUCCUGGGGGUCCCAGGAAAACUUCAACCUUGCGACCUACCAUGUUGGCUGCGGCGAUGAGAGCUCGGGAAAGCGUAGCUUUUUCCACGCGUCAAAGCCGUCAGUCAACUCAGAGGAUAUGUGCGUUGUGAUACCUGUCACGCCUAUCGACGAAUCGGAGGCUCUACACUCGGGGGUUAUGUCUUGGGGUACAUAUACCGAUCCAAACGAGAGAAGAAGAUCACCUACCAAAGGCCAUGUACGCGUCGCCAACCCCAACACAAACGGAACGAAACCGAUGCCCAGUGGUGGCAACAUGGAUAUCGUCACGGAUCCCUCGGCGCUAAAGACUUUCUUCAAUAAUUCUCAUAUGGACACGUCGAAUAUGGGGCAAAUGGCCCCUGGUAUCGACUUUAUGUCGACCGAGGAUCCUGAGAUCCCAGAGAAAUCCACGAAUAACACUGGCCGGCUAUCCGCUCGGAGUCGAGCUUUGAGAACCAAGAGAACUAGGGCGGAAAUCUCUGAGCGGAGCUCAUCUGAGCUUGCUCGACGAGACAUUUUCAAGGGCAUGUUACGGGGACUCCAGUGGCUAGGUCAGCUCCUCUUGGUACCAUUUGGUGUCCCCUUCGACCAUACCUAUCACCAUGAUAUCUAUUUCGACCAACAUCUUGACGGGGCAGCGGUCACCAACAAACCCCCCAAGAUCUUCGGCUUUGGGAACGGCUUUACGCUAGCUGAAUCAUUCGCAGAAAACAGCAAGGCGGUUGAUUGGACCUUACAGUGUGCCAAGUGUGGCGUUCAUGUGAACAUCGACAUCGCUGGCCGAUUGGCUUUCAGCAUCAAAGACGGCAUUACCGAAGGUACUCUCACGCUUACAAAUAAAGACGCUCUUACAUUGGAUGCCGUGCUCGGCAUGAGUGGUGACGUCAAAAUAAACAAGAGCAAGGAAAAGAAGAAGCGUCUGAACAAGCAGGAGAAGAACCUACAAAGUUACCCGGCGGGUGUUGCACUGUACAUUCCGGGAAUCCUCACACUUGGUCCGCAGCUCAGCUUCGGGGCUGCGGUCAGUGUGGAGGCGGAAGGCAAGUUCGAACUCCUCUUGGGAGGCAGUGUAUCUGUCGGAAAGGGAACUGCCUCAGUCAGUCUGAAAGGAGGCAGGAAUGGGGCUACUGGAUUUGAGCCGAAGUUCGACCCUGUGCUUCGGUUCAAGGGUGCAGCCACUCUUACUGGUGAAAUCGGUGUGCCUAUGGCGAUCGAGGUAGGGAUCAAUGUUCUUUCAGGAAAAUUCAAGAAAACAGCCGGGCUGGUGAACACCCCGUCUGUUUAUGUCCAGACCGGCCUCAGCAUCGAUGAACAAAAGACGCAAAACACCCCUGUGUUGUGUCCUAAUGGCAUCUCGCUGAAGGUUGGCGCGAAGAACCGGAUUCACCUUUCUGGAUUUGACAUUUGGGAAUAUGAGCUUUCCAGCAUCCCCAUCUUUGAGCGGUUGAUUACGUGUGUCACCACGAACGGGAUUCAAAGUGGUGUUCAGGCGCCCGGCCUCGUCAAAACAAUCACUACAGAAUGGGGAGAAGACGUCACUGCAGGAAACCCACAUAUUGCCAAAGUUCCUGACCGCACCCCAAAGCACAAUGGCACCCAGGGUUUCCGGAUUCUCAUGGACGGGAAAAGCGACACCAUCCUGGUCACUGGCAACGAUGGAAGUCUCUAUCUGGUCGGCAAGAACCAAGGAUACGAUAUCAGUGCCCCAUGGGGUACGAUCGAUAAGGGAGAGAAUCCUUUGACAUUGGAUGUUUUUGGACGCAUCCUGUCAUACCUGCCGCUCAAGCCUAGUUUCCAAAGUCUGCGAGAAUUGCAUGGCUUAUCGCGCUUGUUGGCUGAUCAGCACCCUAUUUUGGCCGAUCUGGCGGUAUCACAACCACACCAGAUUCCAUUUGCUUACAAGUCAACACUCAUUGCAACUCGCGAAGUUAUCACGAAGGAUGGGAAUGUCAAGUCGGUGUGGAAUGAGAACGGUCAAUAUGGUGAUGAAAUGGCCAGUCAGCUCAAGGAACACUACAACCUUGAGAUAAAGGACUGCCGCACCAUCCAGUUGGUCACGGCCAAAUCACAAUGA